CAAAUCUGUUGUCAUCUCAUGGAGAGAAGGUGGAAGUGGAGAGAGUUGACAAAUGAAUUGGGCCUUUAUAUGAAAAAAGAAAGCCCAAACUAAUAAAACUUGGCCUUUAUAUGAAAAACUAAAACUUUUAUCUCGUCUCCUCCAAUCAUGUCAUUUCAAAAUCCCAUUCUUGCUCCAGGGUUCUUCUUCUAUCUGAAUCUGAAUCUCUCUCUUCCUCCGUAAAUUGUCUCGGGAAAAUUUUCGGAAUCUCCACGAUUAACGAAGAAGAUUGGAUUUUAGUUACUUCUCUGUUGCAUCGACUUCAUUGAAAGAGAAAAAAAACCCAAAUAAUGCAAACUUUUAGUCAGUUAGGACCGUCGGAGAUUUUCUUCAUCGCUAGAAGAGCUAAUCCCAUUACGAGUAAUUGCAGGGCACAGCUUUGGUUCACGGGAAGACUCUCUUUCCGACAAGAAACCUUUGGCGUUCGAUUAAAGAACAGAGUCGAGUUUAACCCAAGACCUGUGCCUCCAAACUUAAUUGCAGCCGAGAAAGAAGAAGCUAAAGCCGUUUUAACUCUCUUCUUCAAGAAACAAGGUCUUAGCAACAGUGUCUCCGUUAGAAUAAUCAACAAAUCCGAACACUUCAUUGACCAUUUAGUCUCUAGACUCCACUCUGUUCAUAAAGCCCGAUACCUCGUAGGAAGAGAGCUAACCACACUUGAGAUCCGAGACUCUCUAAUUCCAUACCUCGAACAUCUUCACGAAGAACACGGAGAUCUUCUCUCUGAUCUCGUCGUGAGCUUUCCUGAUCCACCAACCGACCCAAGACCAGUUUCUUCUUCCUCUCCAGCUCCUCUCUCACCACCUCGUGGUCUCACUGAUUCCGCCUUAGACACACGAAAGCUAAGAGCCGUGUCUCGCGUCAGCGAACUCGACACAGAAGGUGCAUUACGACCUCAAACACUUUACCUUCUCGACCUUGGCCUAACCCUCGAGCAGAUCAAAACCAUCACUCGAAAGUUCUCAGCUUUCCCUUACUACAGCCUCGAAGGAAAGAUCAAACCCGUCGUCGAGUUUCUUCUAGACCUCGGGAUUCCUAAAUCAGACAUCCCAACAAUCCUCUGCAAACGCCCUCAGAUCUGCGGAAUCAGCUUAACCGAUAAUCUCAAACCGACCAUGACCUUCCUCGAGACGUUAGGCAUCGACAAGAACCAAUGGGCAAAGAUCAUUUACCGUUUCCCGGCCAUUUUAACUUACAGCCGCCAGAAACUCACCUCAACGGUCGAGUUCUUGACACAAACCGGUCUCUCUGAAGAACAGAUUGGGAGAAUCUUGACCAGAUGUCCGAACAUCAUGAGUUACAGCGUGGAAGACAAGCUACGUCCGACCAUGGAGUAUUUUAGGUCGCUUAACGUCGAUGUCGCAGUUCUACUUCAUCGGUGUCCGCAAACGUUUGGACUUAGUAUCGAGUCGAAUCUUAAGCCUGUGACCGAGUUCUUCCUCGAGAAAGGUUAUGGUAUAGAUGAAAUUGGGAUCAUGAUCUCUAGAUAUGGAGCUUUGUAUACUUUCAGCUUGAAAGAGAAUCUGACGCCGAAAUGGGAUUACUUUCAGACGAUGGAUUAUCCGAAAUCGGAGCUCGUGAAGUUUCCGCAGUUUUUCGGGUAUAGUUUGCAGGAGAGGAUCAAGCCGAGGUACGAGCUGGUGAAGAGAAGUGGAGUGAGACUGUUGUUGAACCAGGUUUUGUCUUUGUCCGGAGUCGAGUUCGAGAAAGUCGUUAAGAAGAAGAUGAUGAAGAAACUUGUGUCUGAUAAUAAUAACGAAAUUGCUGAUUCAGAGUAGUAGCGAUUUGUUGUGAAUUUUUUUUUUCUAGUUUUAGAGUAGGUGAAUCAAGAAAACCCCUCUCUUCUUGAAUUUGUUUAUUAACUUUUGCGCAGUAAGAAAACUCUUGUUCGAAUUUAUUGAGGCCUAUUAAAAUUCAGUAUUUUUAA